GUACGUGUCACGUGAUUCAUCUCGACACAGGUGACAAAUCAGGGUUCGGUUGACCAACAAACAUAGAAGCGUCUAGUCAUCAAGUGUUCUGUACAAGAACUCAACCAUGGGAAAAGGUGGAGGUACAUUUGAAAGGCUGUUGGACAAAGCCACCAGCCAGCUGCUCCUGGAGACGGACUGGGAAUCCAUCCUCCAGAUCUGCGACCUCAUCCGGCAAGGAGACACGCAGGCUAAAUACGCAAUCGCUGCCAUCAAGAAGAAGCUAAACGACAAGAAUCCUCACGUGGCCCUCUAUGCCCUCGAGGUUCUGGAGUCAGUGGUGAAGAACUGUGGCCAGACGAUUCAUGACGAAGUGGCGAGUAAGCAAACCAUGGAGGAACUCAAGGACCUGUUUAAGAAGCAAACGGAGCCGAACGUCAGGAACAAGAUCCUGUACCUGGUCCAGGCCUGGGCACACGCCUUCCGCAACGAGCCCAAAUACAAAGUGGUCCAAGACACUUACCAGAUCAUGAAGGUGGAAGGUCAUGUGUUCCCGGAGUUUAAAGAGAGCGACGCCAUGUUUGCUGCAGAGAGGGCUCCUGAUUGGGUGGACGCCGAGGAGUGCCACAGGUGCAGAGUUCAGUUCGGUGUGAUGACCCGAAAGCACCACUGCAGGGCGUGUGGACAGAUCUUCUGCGGCAAAUGCUCUUCCAAAUACUCCACUAUCCCCAAGUUCGGCAUUGAGAAAGAGGUGCGAGUGUGCGAGCCCUGCUUCGAGCAGCUCAACAACAGCCACCCCUCCCUCUCUCCCCCUUCUAGGAAAGCCGAAGGAAAGAGCAGCAGCAGUAGCAGUAGCAGCAGCGGGCAGUCAGAGCUGCCUCCUGAGUACCUGACCAGCCCUCUGGCUCAGCAGUCUCAGGUAGUACCGAUGCCUCCUAAGAGAGACGAGGCAGCGCUGCAAGAGGAAGAGGAGCUGCAGCUGGCCAUCGCUCUGUCUCAGAGUGAAGCUGAAGAGAAGGAGAGAAUGAGGCAUAAGAGCUCGUACCCCGUGUACCCCAAAGCUGAUCCGACUCCGGUGACCUCCUCCGCUCCACCCGUCAGCACUCUCUACUCCUCUCCUGUGAACUCCUCUGCUCCUUCAGCCGAGGAUGUCGACCCUGAGCUGGCCCGUUAUCUGAAUAGGACUUACUGGGAGAAAAAGCAGGAGGAAGUGCGCAAGAGUCCCACCCCGUCUGCUCCUGCUCCGGUGGCCUUGGCUGAACCGUUGCCUAUCAGCCAGCCAGUGGAAAGCCACGCCCCCGUUCAGCCCAUCAACAUAGUGGAGCAGCAGUACCAGAACGGAGAAUCGGAGGAGAACUACGAGCAGUUCCUCAAAGCCCUGCAGAACGCAGUCACCACCUUCCUGAACCGCAUGAAGAGCAACCACAUGCGCGGGCGCAGCAUCACCAACGACAGCGCCGUGCUCUCCCUCUUCCAGUCCAUCAACAACAUGCACCCGCAGCUCCUGGAGCUCCUCAACCAGCACGACGAGAAGAGACUGUACUACGAAGGGCUGCAGGAUAAGCUGGCGCAGGUUCGGGACGCACGGGCCGCUCUGAAUGCUCUGAGGGACGAGCACCGCGAGAAACUUCGCCGUGCCGCCGAGGAGGCCGAGAGACAACGGCAGAUCCAGCUUGCCCAGAAACUCGAGAUCAUGAGGCAGAAGAAGCAGGAGUAUCUGGAGAUGCAGAGACAGCUGGCUAUUCAGCGUCUGCAGGAGCAGGAGAAGGAGCGGCAGAUGCGUCUGGAGCAGCAGAAACACACCAUCCAGAUGCGUGCUCAGAUGCCCUAUUCCCUGCCUUAUGCCCAGAUGCAGUCACUGCCGCCUAACGUGGCAGGAGGGGUGGUGUAUCCACCCGCUGGUCCCCCCAGUUACCCCGGCACGUUCAGCCCUGCUGGCUCAGUGGAGGGCUCUCCCAUGCACGGGGUCUACAUGAACCAACCCGGGCAGGCCGGAGGAGGACCGUACCAGGCCAUGCCAGUGUCUGCUACGGAUCCCAACAUGGUGAACGCCUACAUGUAUCAGACCGCAGGUACCGGUGGGCAACAAGCCGCCCCUGGUCAGGGUCCGCCUCCUAACACCAGCCCUCCAUACACUAACUACCAGCCCACUCCGACACAGGGCUACCAGAAUGUGGCGUCUCAAUCCCAGAGUUUGCCCCCGAUGUCCCAGGCUGCCCCGACCAACGGCAUGGCCUACAUGGGCUACCAGCCGUACAGCAUGCAGAACAUGAUAUCGGCACUUCCUGGACAGGACCCCAACAUGCCUCCUCAGCAGCAGUACAUGCCUGGCCAACAACCCAUGUACCAGCAGAUGGCGCCUCCUGGUGGUCCUCAGCAGCAGGCGCAGCAGCCCCCGGCAGGCAGUGCAGAGGCUCAGCUCAUCUCCUUUGACUAAAACGUCGUAUUCUCACCUGAUCCACCACACUACAGUCAGCCCUCUGCUCUCUUCCUCCUGUUACCCCACACACAGUCUAUCCACUUGCAAUAUUUCUGUGACCAUCUAAUUGAUGAAUACGUCCUGGUUAUCAGGAAUACGAGACUCUUUUCGCUGCUGGUAUGGUCUCUCUCUCUCUCUCUCUCUCUCUCUCUCUCUCUCUCUCUCUCUCUCUCUCUCUCUCUCUCUCUCUCUGCUUUACGUGGAGAGAAGGCUAGAAAUGGUUCUUAAAUCCUCCGACGCCUCUCUUGAAAAUUAUGUAGUGUUUCCUUAUGAAACACCUCUUAGCUAGUCGUUCGUAUCCUUGAAUAUUAACAGAACAUGUAUCGAAUAAACGGCAAAUAAGACGCGACCAUGUCAUAUUUUUCUAAAGUCGACCUGCAUGCAUUUUAGUCGUUCUUUACGGCGUCUCCACCCCGAUCAAGUGAGCGUGUUUGGGGGUGGGGGGUGUUUUUUGUUUUGUUUUGUUUAAAUUUUUUUUAUUUAAUUUGAGAAGCUUUCGAAAGAAGUUAUUUAUCAAGCGAUUCGGAGGACGAGCGCCCGAUCCAGGAUCAUGUCCAAGAGCUUAGAGUGCUGCCUCUCGCCUCUCUCACACACACUCCAUCGCAAACCCCGACAUUCCAGAGCAGCGUUCAUCACGGGAAUCCUGUCGUACGAGUCCGAUUUUAAAAGAUCUGGAAUUUCUCUGUAUUUAGGAUCGUCGUCACGGAAUCCUAGCUAAUAGUCGUCGUAAUCUCUGCUUUCGUAGAUUAUAUUAAAUAAAUGGGACGGUGCUGUAUAGCCCUUUUUUUUUUUUUUUUUUUUUUUUUCUUUUUUUUUUUUCUUUUUCUUUCCAUUUAGUGCUGAUUUGUACAAAAAGGAUGUCACGGAGAUGAAGAAAAUCCUGGGUUUUCUCCUUCGGUUAAACAGGCGACUUUGUAGGGAGCGACGCGAGGCGUAAAGCGGGAUCGUAACGUGAUCUGAGAUGAAGGAUGUAUCGAACGUGCUUUAAAUAAAGUAAAAUAAAUGUAAAAAACGGAGUCGUACUGCAUGUUUGUAACGUCCAUCGACCAGUGAGCAGUUCUGUAACCCUUUAACGCCGUCCGUGGACAGCUUCGUUCCAUCAUACUGAUCUGUAUGACUCCGGGAAAAGAGUUUUAUGAUUAUAUUUAAUAAAUAUCUCAUUCUUUUAUUGUGCA